AUGCCUCGAAUGUCUGGAGUCUUGAUUACAUCUCGUUUCUUUGCGGGCUUUGGUGCCAGUGUGGUUAAUGCGCUUGCUAAAGGCGUUUUGGCCGACGUGUGGCGACCGAAGCAGCGAGGUUGCUCCCUUGGUGUUUAUUUGUUGAUUCCAUUGCUGGGCGCAGCUGUAGGUCCUAUCAUUGGUAGGUUCAUGGCAGAGCGAACGACUUGGCGGUGGAUGUUUUGGUCGACUUCAAUUUUCCAAGCAGUUAUGGUCGUGGUCUCAUUUUUUUCCUUCUGGGAAACACAUGAGCCACUGAUUCUUCGAGGACGAGCAGAGAGGAUCGAAAAGACACGGGAAAUUCGCGAGACUAUCCCGCAGAUGAGCUUAGCGAUCCGAAUCCAGGGAAGAGCUCUGAUCCGACCAGUCCGUCUGCUCACCUUCCACCAAAUCAUCCAAAUUGCGUCGGUGAUCUCUGUAUUCUCUUAUAGUAUUCUGUACAUCGUUCUGUCUACUCUCUCUGACCUAUGGACCCAGCAUUACCAGGAGUCUAUCGAGAUCAGUGGCCUUCACUACAUUGCCGCUGCUCUGGGCGACAUAGCCAGCAGCCAGAUCUGCGCCAAGUUGAUGGACAGUCUUUUCCACCGUCUCAAAGCACGUGCCAAUGGAGAACACAGUCCUGAGCUGCGCACACCGGCCAUCUUCCCCGAUGCUCUCCUCGUGCCUCUCGGUUUAUUCUUUUAUGGCUGGGCUGCGACUUAUCGCUUGCAUUGA